AGAAAAAAGUGUCUUCAAAUUUUGAGUACAAAAAGCUUCCUUUUAAGCGAACUAAGAAAAAGGGCCGCAAAACCCAUGCACUCCUUUUCCAUCUCCCCCUGCUAUGCCUGCGUAAUACGCACCAAAAAUAAGCACAAGACUCUUUCACCAUUGAACAAACACCGAAACCUACAAAUCAGGGCGAUGAGAGCCGUGGUCCAAAGAGUUGGCUCUGCCAGCGUCGAGGUCGAUGGUCGCAUUGUGUCGGAAAUCGGACCGGGUCUCCUCGUUCUCGUUGGACUCCACGAUUCCGACACCGAAUCUGACGCCGAUUACAUUUGUCGAAAGGUUUUGAACAUGAGAUUGUUCCCAAAUGAGAGUACUGGCAAAGGAUGGGACCAAAAUGUCAUGCAACGCAAUUAUGGUGUUCUACUAGUAAGUCAAUUUACAUUGUAUGGAUUCUUGAAGGGUAACAAGCCAGACUUCCAUUUGGCAAUGCCACCACAAAAAGCAAAGCCGUUCUAUGAAGGUUUAGUUGACAAAUUCAGAAAAGCUUAUAAACCAGACGCAAUUAAAGAUGGAAUAUUUGGAGCAAUGAUGAAGGUUAGUUUGGUCAAUGAUGGGCCAGUAACGAUGCAGCUUGAUUCAUCGCAACCAUCAAAGAAUACAACUGAGGUGGCAGAAGAAUCCUAAAAUGGUGGAUUGGGUACUAUUUUGUUGACAGAUCUUUUUAGAAUUUAUCACAAACACAAAAUUUUUAGAUAGUUUCGUGGGUGUAAGACCAUAAUUUACUACUAUUCAGAUGAAAGCUCAACCUUUCUAUAUGAAACAGCUUUUAGAAAUUUCUUUUUUCUACUGAAUUAGGGAUUCAAAAAAGUCAGGGCUUCUUCAGUAUCUGGUUAUACCUGACUGGUGAAAUUUUUAUUAUCACUCUGUGAAAUUUUUCCAUUAUAACCUCUCAGUUAUAAUGGAAAUUUAUAAAGAACAGAAAAGAGAACCUCAGGUUU